UUAAAAUUAUCCAGUUUAUGGACUUUCCGUGUUAGUUUAUUUCCUGACCAGUAUUUCUUCAUACCUUAUCGUCAUUAUCAAAAUUUCGGCUCAUUCAAUUAUAACUUCAAAAUAAAAAUUCAUCAUGAAAAGAAAUAGUGAUGUAUCGACAGAGUUAAACUUAGAGAAUUUAAAAGAAUUAGCACCAACUUACGUGGAUUGCUUACAAGACAAACCAACACCGGCAUCAAGUUUUAUAAGUAAAAUCAUGAGAAUGGAAUAUGAAUUAGAUAAAAAUGACGACAGAUUAUUCGCAAUAUAUUUAAAACUUUGUGGCAAUAACCAUCAUUUGGAUGCCAUUCAAUUGACUAGUGUUGAUCUGCCACCGUUGUGUAUGGCUUUAUCCCUUAAGCCAUGUAUUACAAUGUUGGAUUUACGCUACAAUUUUAUUAAAGAUGAAGGAGUUGAGAUAUUAUGUGAAUUCUUAAAUGUAGAUAAUCUGUUAGAAGAAUUAAAUUUAAUGUGUAAUGAUAUCACAGAGAAGGGCGCACAGUUUCUUGCUAAUUCUUUAAAGAAUAACAGAAACUUGGUUAUCUUAAAAAUGACUGGGAACCCAAUUGGUUCUAAAGGUGGUCUACACUUUGCUCAAGCGCUACAAAUAAACGAUACACUAGAAUUUAUAGAUCUUGGAGAAUGUGAUCAGGAUAUAACUAGUUGUAUUGCAUUUGCUACUGUAUUGAAAAGUAAUAAGUCAAUUAUUGGGAUUAAUUUAAAUCGACAGAUAAUAUGGACGUUGCAAGAAGAAUCAACUGUGCAUUUUGCUGAUAUGCUGUGUAUUAAUAAAACUUUAAAAGAAUUACACUUGGCGAAAUGUUGUAUGCGUGAUUUUGGAGCAGCACGUUUAGCUGAGGCAAUGGAACGUAAUGAUACAUUAGAAUUAUUAGAUAUAAGCGCCAACCGUAUUUCACGUGAUGGAGCCAUUUUGUUAUCCAGAGUAAUUAGUAUGAAUUGCCCAUUGGUCGUUUUGGAUCUGGCAUUCAACCGAGUUCAGUGUAAAGGAGCUAUGGCUUUAGCAAAUGCAUUGGUCUAUAAUACACAUUUAAAAGUUCUUGCAAUACAGUUUUGUGAGUUGAAAGGGCCUGGACUUUGUGCAUUGGCUGAAUCAUUGAUUACAAAUCUUACUUUGGAGUGUAUUUAUAUUUGGGGAAAUGAACAUGAAGAAUUAGCGUGUAAUUGUUUUAAGUUUGUUUAGAGAUUCGUUAGCAUUAUAUCUGGUUGCUAAAUGCUAAAAAUUCAAUUUUUCUACUCACUAAGAUAUUACAAACAUUUUAUGGGACGAUAAUGUUUAAAUAAAGUGAUUAUUAAUUUUCAUUACAAACUGAGUUCACCUCAUUAACUAGUAAAAAUCAUCGAAAGCUAGACAAUUAUUUAAAUGGAGAUCAUAACUACUUAUCAGCACCCAUCAAAAAUCCUAUUUCAAGAAUAUACCCAAAACCUUCAGAUCUCACGUGAACACAAUACCUUUAAAAUACUGAUUCCAAAUCUAAUAAUUUACAUUUCCCUUUCUAAACUACAGAUUCGUAACUGUUCAGAAAUUUCCAUGUUUCUAAUUGAUAUGAGAUUGAGUUAAAAUAUUAUCUUCAUUAUUGCGAACAUCUCUAUUAACCAUUUCACUAAAUAUUUGACUUAUUGUAACUUAGAUUUUAUUUUAAAACAGUCAACUAGCAUUAACUUUUUUAUAUAUUUUUCUUUCAAUCUUCAAUAGGCAUUCGCUAAUUUAAUCUACAUAAAUCGUUUACUAGAAAAUUGCACUGAUAUAAGACCUUAUAUUGUUGAUGGUAGAACUUGUUUAGCUUUCUUACCUCAUGAUUGUACUUAUAGGCAAUAUCGAUUUUCUGUACCUUGGUGGAAAUUUCAAGCACCAACUGAUCGAUCGAUUGCACUUUCUUAAUUUCAUUUCUUUCAAAUUAUAUCUUUCUUAACUUGUUGUUGUAUUUCUUCACAAUAUUAUUUUUAUUAUUAUUUAUUUUUUUGCUUAGUUGUUCCGUAUUAUUCUUAGAAUUAAUUAAUGAAUUGAUGCGCCUUUGGUAAUGCUGAUUUUUUUCUUUUGCAAUUAAGAUUAUUUUUAACAUCAUUAUUCACAUUUGUAUUUUAUUUCAAUGUAAUUUUGUUUAGAUAUUUUCACAUUGAAGACGAUUUCAUUUAUCUUCAUUGAUCUUGUUUGCAAUUAUCAUUUAUCUAUCUGUAGCACAGAUUAUAUUACUUAUAUACUAUAUAUAUAUAUAUAUAUAUAU